GAACAGAGAGAGACAGACAGAGUGAAUAAGAGAUAGAACGAGAGGCCUCAUGUGUUUCAUUUCUAGUGAUCAGUCAAAAGUAUUCAGCAGCAUACAUAUCAAACAGAAUAGAGCUCACUUUACUGUUCUUCUUACAACCAGGAUUCUGUUUCACAUCUGAUUCAAUCACCUGCUGAAGACGCAGAGAAUGUUGCUCAGGUUGACUCAUUGCUACAAGAGCCUGUCCUGAAUGUGUUCAACAGCCAACUAUGUUCUCCCAUUGAGGAGAACGUGUGAGGUAUUAGCCACUCCAGGCAGGCUGUGUGGGGGAGUAUCCAUGCCAGCUAAUUUCCCAGGAGGCAAGUCUCAUGGAGCUCCUCAGGACACAGAGAUGGACAUGGCUUGGCAGGAGCUGAUGGCCAUCACAGAGCUGCAGGAGUUUGAAGUCUCAGCUGAAGGCUCUUAUGAAACACCCCAGUACCAAGCCAUGGAGCCCAUGGUGCCAAUGGGAUCGUACGGUAUGCCUCAGAACCACCCUGAGCCUCCUCCUGCUGCCUGUGAACUCAGCACCGCCGACACCUUUGAUGGAUGUUACUCUGAAGAAGUGCCAGUCUGUCAUCGUCUGGGCACCAAUAACGAGUCGCUGUAUGGACACUCUGACUCUCAGCUCAACCAAAGGAUGCUCCCUAUCUCCAGCCCGUCUUGUCAGCCCUCAUUGAUGGCUCUGAGAGGGCAGAUGAACAUGUCAUGUACCAGUCAAGGGCACAGGAGGGCCAACGCCUGCCUCUCUCAGGGUCUGAGUCGACACAUGUUGUGGACUACACCUGGACAAAGUUCACACACUCGCUCAGCUGAUGAUCUGGAGUCAGACUCUGGGUUGUCUUUAGGUUCUACUCCACCUUUGGCCUCUCCUGAUAAUGCAGUUGGCAGUGUACCAGGUUACCAAAGUGUUGAUGUAGGCUUGACAUACAGUGAUGGUGAACCAGACAGAAUGACUGAACAAGCCAGAAGAGCCAGCAUCCAUUACUCUAUGAAUUAUCAAAACCAACCUCACUCAUAUUUACACUCAGGAGCACAUCAAUCUUAUUAUCCCCCCCAACCCAAUUUAUCUCAUGCGCAACCUAACGUUCCGACUCCUCGGUCAGUUAAACAGCAGGGACAAGUCACUGCUCUGAGUGACCUUUAUGACUUGGGGAUGUCCAGCAGAGGGAGCUCACAGCACAGCAUUUACACAAAACCACAAGACAGCAUCUCCACUCCUGCCCCACUGAGUAGAGAUGAGAGACGGGCCCUGGCUUUGAAGAUCCCCUUCCCUAUGGAUAAGAUUAUCAACCUGCCAGUGGAUGACUUCAAUGAGCUCCUGACCCAGUAUACUCUGACAGAUACGCAACUAGCACUGGUCAGGGACAUUAGAAGGAGGGGGAAGAACAAAGUGGCUGCUCAGAACUGCAGGAAGAGGAAGCUGGAGAGCAUAAUUCACCUGGAACGAGAACUGAACCAGCUGCAAGCCCAGAGAGAGCACCUGGCACAGGAAAGACUGGAGUUCCAGCGCAGCCUGGAUUUCAUUAAAUGUCAUCUUACAGAACUCUACGCAGAAGUAUUUUCUCACUUGCGAGAUGAGGAUGGACAACCAUAUUCAAUAGAUGAAUACUGCCUACAGCAGACACCAGAUGGCAAAAUCUAUCUAGUACCUCAGACAAAUAUGCAAAAAUGUGAGCCAUGCUAAGAGGGAAUGAGACCUUUCGUUAUUUUAAGAUUAUGAUGCUGGACUAUGCCAUGUGAGGACUUUGAGUACUUCAUGUGAUUAUGUCUUAACAUUUCUAAGACUCAUGCUUCUAUUAUUGCUCUUCAAUUGAGUGACACAAUGACAGAUGUCCAUAAAAAGAUCUUUAUUAUAAAAACUUUGUAUAAAACAUAUAAAAGACAGCCCUGCUGCACAGCAGUCUUCAGUGUUUUCUUUCCUUAAAAAAAAAAAAAAAAAAAAAACUAAAAAGGUAUAAAACUCCUCAGCUCCAGGUCGUUGUGCAAAACUGCAACAAGAGAAAUUAAAUGAGCCAUAAUAAAAUGUGUCAACAAAGGUGAUUUCUCAUUUGCAACUUACUUGAUUAAGACAUUGUCACUGGAAUGCAAGUCCGGGUUUGGGUCCAUGAGUUUCCUAAAAAGGCAAAAACUAAUAUAAGUAAAGGGUAAACUUUUACAAAUGUGUUCAUUGCUCUUCACAGCAUGCAAAAUACUGUAGGACCACUAAAGACAAUAGAGGCCCAUUUACCAGUCAACAUUGGUGUAAGACUUAACAAAAUCUUCUUUGCAGAUAACUUACAUUACUGGGCUAAACACAACUCACUAUGAGCUACAAGAUAAAAAUAAAUACUAUCAUAGUUGAGAAGUCUGGUCUUACCUACAGACAGCAUUUAAGUCUUUUGGUAGCUGCUGCCUGCUAGCCUCAGGCUUCUGCUCUCACUCUCCCCUGCUUCAAUGAUCCUGGCGAUGGUUUUGCUACUUCUCUCCCUCAGCUGGCUUCCAUGGCUAGCCUCAAAGACUUUGCAUGUAAGCUAGCAUCCUCCAGAUGAUCUUUCCAGAACUCAGGGUAGAGUCUGUCCCAUGUGAUGGGCUCUUUAUGAUGAAUGCAUUUGCGCACCACCUUUGUUUCCUCAACCAACUUUUAUUUAGUGUUGUUCAUGACUCAUGAAGUAUGACAUGACUAAUGCAGACCUUCACACACAGUGCUGUUUCCAAACUCCUCAUACCAACACAGGAAAUAUGGCCCUCAUCCCCAAGUUAGUGCAGCAGCUAAAAUGAACCCUCCCUUUCCCAAGAAAGCUAACACAACUUUAAAAAAAAAA